GGUAGGUUAGGUACCUAGAAGCCUGAAUUAUAUUGGGUAGGUACAUGCCUUAUAAAAUAAUGUCUCCAUUUACUCAUAUUCGUCUCGAAGCUUCAAGGUUUAUAUGUUUAUAUAAAUUAAUCGACUUAGGUACUUCUUAAUGCUUGAGUUGUUAGGAAGGCGCUAUUAAUCUAUAUUAAAGACUCGUCAUUGUUCAGAACUGGCAAGAACUACUCGAAUUUCAAAAUUAAAAAUAUAUAUACCUAGAUAUCUCGGUCCCGUCUUCAAGUCUUUGACUCUCGACUACUACUACUACUACCACCACUACCACCACCAUAGUAGCAACCACAACCGCUUGAACGACACACAAUGGACCCUUCUAAUUGUCACCGUUCGAGCUACAAGCGCUACCCGUAUCUUACCAAGGCGGAGUUUUCUGAAGUAUGCCACUAUCUGGACAGGAGAUAUCGCCGCGCUACACUAGGCCCCUUGCGCAAAGAAUGGCGCCUUCAUGUUCACACGGCGUUAGAGUUGUCCUUUGAGCAUGGUUCAGGGCCUACUACUUUCCUACAGGUCACACGACCUCUGGACAACAGAACGGCUGCCGACGAUGAGCUCGCGGCUAAGAUGGGUGGCGUGUCUUUGGGCGAGGAUCAAGAUAUGCAACUGGAUGGCGACGAAAUGAUGGUCAAGAUGGAAGAUUCGGAUAAGGAAGUCGUUUCUAAACGACCAUCUCGGGCACACUUCCAAGAGGGUCACGUCAUUUAUGAGAUUCAUUUCCACCCGACGUAUAGCUCACCCUGUCUCUGGUUCGCUCUACAUGGUCUACCAGCUGGGGAGUCACCCCUCGAUAUCGAAACUGUCUUCCGUCACUUAGUCCCUGAACAGUUCAAAGAUUCUCUCCAAACAGUUGGCCCCAUAGGGGCCAUCUCAAUCGAUCACCACCCUAUUACCGGACUCCCUUCGUUCUUCGUUCACCCAUGUGCCAUCGGAGACGCCAUGGCUGGGUUUGACUGCGCAAAGCAAGACUAUCUCAUGGUAUGGCUUGGUUUAGUGGGAGGGUGUGUUGGACUUUGGGUCCCUCAACAGAUGGCCGCUGUCAAUGCUGGCUAAGGCUCCCGGUACCCAUAUAAUAAGGGAACGAGCCAUACCCUAUGGCCUGACAACCCAUGAA